AUGUACAGUGUGGAGGACCUGCUGAUCUCUCAUGGAUACAAACUGCCUAAGAGCGGCCCCGCCUCCGCACCGCCGUUCGAGCGCCGGGCGCCAGAGUGUCCACGCUCAGACCCGGUGGAUGCCAGGGCGGGGCGCGGCGCUCUGAACGGGUACGAGGCCGAGCGCGCCGCCUCCUCCUCCCUCAGCGGCCUCUACAGCAGACAGGCCCUGGUCAAGGCCUACCCCCCCGAGAGCGAGGGCCAGGACCGCAUCCUCCGCCGCAAAGACAUGGUUCUGCAGGACGCCGCGCCCGUGGUGGAGUCGCUCGCCAUCGACAGUGGGUGA